GUUAUACUAUUGUUGUGCUAUGAUUUUCUACUUUUCCGAUUCUGUAAUUUACCCUGAAAACGAGUCUUCUCUGAUUUCUCACUAAUUUGACAGGGAGAGGCGGAGAGAGGGAUGACGGAGUUGGCGAUGGGUAGCAGCACGGAGCGGAGUCCGGAAGAGGAGAGGGUUUUGAUCGGAGAUAUUGCUAUCGCCGGCGAAGCCAACAGCAAAGAAGGCGACACCUUCUAUCUCAUCACUUGAAAGCACUAGGGGACUCCAGUUUGGGCACUGAGAUUCACGACUCUCUACUAUUAUGUCUUCCUUCCUUGAGAAGUUUGGAGCCAAUUGGCUGUUCAAAAAAAAAAAAAAAAAGUUUGGACCCAAUUGUACUCAUGGUCAGUCCAUGAUUCUCUAUGAACUCCAUGCCUUAACCAUUACCGCAUUACGGUAGCCUGAGCAGUGGGCGCUAUGCACAUAUCAAGGCAAGUGACAUGUAUGCUUUUAUUUGAUAUGGAGAAAAAAAUGUUAAAAAAUGCUGUUUUUUGUU